AUGUCGUGGGAUACAAAGUCUAUACUUAUUUCCGGUGCUGGAGUCGCUGGCUUGCUCACUGCGCAAGCACUGAAGCAGCUCAACAUUCCUUUUAUCAUCUUUGAUCGAGACGACUCGGUCACAUCUCGAGGUCAAGGCUGGGGAAUAACGCUUCACUGGGCCCUUAACGAUUUUCUCUCUUUACUGCCCGAGGACAUUCGUGCAAAGGUUUAUGAUUGCCAGGUCCUCGAAGAUUUUCACCUAAAUGAUAGUGGAAACUUCGUUUAUAUCAAUGCAUCUACUGGUCAACCACUGGUCCACAUCCCUCCUUCCAAGAGACUAAGAGUUAGAAGGGAGCAAAUCAGACGGACUUUGUUGGAAGGUAUCGAUGUUCAGUGGAGCCACAAAACGGUUUCUGUGGAAACGACCGAGGAAUCUGUUACUGUGCAUUUCCAAAACGGGAAGUCCGUCACGGGAGGUUUACUGAUAGGGGCCGAAGGUAGCAACUCGGCCACCAGACGGUUCACCAAUCCUGACAACUAUGCACUUUAUGAUCUUCCCAUCAGAUUUCUGGGCGCCACUGUUAAUCUGACGCCAGAAGAGUACGCUGAGGUUGGCGCAAAGUUCGACAAACUGUUAUUUCAAGGAACGAUCCCAACCACAGACUCGUUUUUCUGGUUCUCUCUGCUGUCCUCACCAAAAUAUAACAAGUCUGACAAUUAUCAAUGUCAGGUGAACUUUUCGUGGAACUGCCCUGACAAGAAACUCGAGCCGUUUGAAACUGAAGAGGACAAGAUCGCUGUGAUCAAGCGGAUCUCCGAGGGACUGGAUAAAGAUCUGAUGUUUCUGAAAGAGAAAAUGAUUGCCUCGAGCUCGAGCUUCAUGGAGAUUCGCCUGUCUGAUUGGCCCGAAGCAGACUUCAACGAUAUGGGCGGGAAAGUCAUUCUGGUUGGAGACGCUUGUCAUGCCAUGGUGAUGUACCGAGGAGAAGCUGGAAACCAUGCGAUUGCCGAUGUCAAGCUGUUCAUUGAGCUACUGAAGCAAAACAAGGCUGGAUCUUUGACAUGGGCCGAGCUGAUUGACAACUACAAGAAAGACGUGAAGGCCAGGGCUGGACCAGCGGUACUACUUUCUCGACAGGCGUGUUUGGAUGCACACAACUGGGCAGUUUUGAAAGAUUUCAAAACGAAUCAAAGUCCUUUGCUUGCCUUGAGAAAGAAAUGA